AUGGCACAGUGGCCUUGUGGGAGGGCCGAGUUCAGUUACACCUCUACACACUACGCCAGGUGGGAGACAUACCUGCGCUUCAACGCCGCAUGCGAAGUCAUCAAUCAGCGUGUAAAGCUUUGGCACCAGAACCGCCAGUUGUACGAGUACCUCGACGAGAUUGUGGAAACCAUCCCGUCAACCUCUCCACUACCUAGGGUCAAGGAUAACCUCCGCGCUGUAGCGCGUUCCUCUACCACCCUCGAAGAGGUUUCCGGUCUCGACACAACGUACCAGUGGGCCCAGUCUUGCACUGCUAAAAAGGCGAAGGCUGACGAAGGAACAACGCCGAGCUCAGUGGGUGUACUAAUUAACACAUUGGCAAGUAUGGCCGAAGCUGGCUUUGAAAAGGACUAUGUUGCGGCGCUGCGCCAAAGUGCCGAAUCUCUCCAAUUAGCCGCUGGCAGGAGGGGCCCCAAGAGCACUGAUAGUGCUCCUGCCCAAGACCUUUGGCGCAUUCAUCUGACCGAGGCAGAGACACACAGGGACGCUACGUGCCAUCGCAUUGGGCAGGCGCUAAAUUAUUACAUGGCGAGCACCUCGUGUCUCGAGAGCGGCGUUUCCACUGGCAAGGAUUACUUAGCCUCCCACCGGCCACGCGUGUCUCCCCGCUACCUACUACAGUUCUUAGCCAGGGAUAAAUGGGACUGCCUUCCCGAGGGGUGGAAGCAAUGCCUUGUCCAAUACGCGAAGAGGAUUCACGACGUCCAGCGUCUCCAGCGCAUAGUAUGCGCCGCCUCGCGUAACGACCACGCCGCCUUGGCGAGCGAGCUAAACAAUCCAGGUCAUACCAACUGGGACCCAGUCGACCACCCAGACUCCUUGCUGCUGGAGGUGGAGAGCGGGCUCACGAUCCGCAACGUGCAAGAGGAGAUUGCCGCGCAGAUGCGCACCCCACCCGAAGGUGACAAUGCCGUGAUGCAGCUGAAUAUGGGCGAGGGAAAGUCGUCCGUCAUCGUGCCCAUCGUCGCCGCGGCCCUGGCGGACGGGACCAGGCUAGUGCGAGUCAUCGUGGCCAAGCCGCAGUCGCAGCAGAUGCUGCAGAUGCUCACUUCCAAGCUCGGCGGGAUGCUCAACCGCGUCGUGUUCCAGAUGCCCUUCUCGCGCGCUUUGCGGGUCUCUAAUUCUGAGGCCCAGGCCAUUCAGUCCCUUCUCAAGCGGUGCCGCGAUGAAGGUGGGGUCCUUCUCGUGCAGCCGGAGCACAUCCUAUCGUUGGAGUUGAUGGGUAAGGAGUAUGCGAUGGAUGAGAACAAGCUCGACACCGGUCGAUCACUGACCAUGACGCGGCACUUCCUCCACCGCCACGCGAGGGACAUUGUGGACGAGAGCGAUGAGAAUUUCAGUGUCAAGUUUGAGUUGGUGUACACCAUGGGCGAGCAGCAGAAUAUUGACCACGGCAGCAAGCGGUGGAAGACGAUACAAGAGGUUCUCGACAUUAUCCGCGCGGCUGCCCCGAGCGUGCUCGAACGAUUUCCCGACUCCAUGGAGAUUUACGACUUAGCCGCACAACCGGGAAGCUUCCCCAGAACCAGGGUCCUGAGGUCGGAUGCAAUGGACCAGCUUCUCGAUCACAUCGUCUCCUACAUUUGCGACCAGGGCCUGACGGACUUUCCUCUCCCGAGACAGGUUCCAGCCCUCCGAGAAGCAGUCCGUACAUACUUGACCAAGCCGGACCUAUCGGAUGAGGAGAUUGAGUGCGUGGAGCGCGAGGGCGCCGGUGGGUUUUGGACCGAAGCCGUCAAGCCGACGCUCGUGCUUCUGCGCGGCUUGAUCGCCUGCAAUGUCCUGUCAUUUGCCUUUAUGCAAAAGAGAUGGAGGGUCAACUACGGAACCGCACUGACGAGGACGCCAGCGACCAGGUUGGCCGUCCCUUACCUCGCCAAGGACCGCCCCAGUCCCCGCUCCGAGUUUAGCCACCCAGAUGUGGUCAUCAUCCUGACCUGUCUUUCCUACUACUAUUCCGGGCUGAGCGACGACGACCUAUUCCUCGUGUUCGACCACCUCCUCAAAGCUGACCAGCCCGAGGUGGAGUACGCCGCCUGGGCCCGCGACAACCCCCAGAUGCCGCCCAAGUUCAGGUCGCUGGCGGGCGUCAACGUGGAAGACCGUCACCAGUGCAUGGCCCACAUCUUCCCCCACCUGCGCAGCACCAAGUCAGUCAUUGACUAUUUCCUCGACCGCAUCGUCUUCGAGAAGGAGAUGCGCGAGUUCCUCCAAACUCUCGGCCUCGACCUCGCUGAGCAGAAGCACACGAAUGCCCUAGUGCUAGGCUACCUCUUACAGCCGGAAACAUCCGUCACCGAUAUCCCCGCCCGGUCCGCGAACCAAGCUACCGACGCCGACGCCCUACUCGACCUCGUCGUGGGCCUAGAGCCGCCCGUGCGCGUAAUUCUCGACGUCGGCGCCCAGGUUUUGGAAUUGAGCAAUCUCCAGGUCGCCCAGCAAUGGCUCGGCCGCGUGAUGGAUGAUCGCACGCAGGGCGUCGUGUUUUUCGACGACAACGACGAGUUAAGCGUGUUGGACCGCAGCGGAUACGUGGAGAGGCUGCAGACUUCGCCAUUUGCUUCCAAGUUGGAUGUGUGUCUCGUGUUUCUCGAUGAGGCGCAUACACGCGGAACCGAUUUGAAACUCCCGAAAGAUUAUCGUGCGGCCGUCACCCUGGGCGCGAAUCAGACAAAAGAUGGACUGAUGCAGGGAUGCAUGAGAAUGAGAAAGCUUGACAUGGACAAUCCGUCGUCUUUUGCGUACCACGAGAGAUCCGAGUCAAGAUCCGGCGAGGAGAUCAAAGUCUCGGACAUAUUGAUCUGGUCCAUCCGCGAGACGUGGAUAAGUCUGCAGCGCGGGGUGCAGCUAUGGGCCUCUCAGGGCUGGCGCCACCAAAGGCACCAAAAUCUCUGGGUCCAAUCUACCCAGCACGAGGAGCCUCUGGCCGAGAACGAAGCUCUUCAUUUCCUCGAGGAUGAAGCACUCACAAUCCUCCAGCGAUACAAGCCCGAGCGCCCCGGCGAGCGCCACUUGGGCAGCUUGGGGGAAGAGCAGGAGCGUGAGUUGGACCCGGAGACGGAGCGAGAGCGCGAACUGGAGAGGCCACCGCCGACAGCGCCAGCAAAGCACUCGCUUCACGGCGACGUGCAGCAGUUUGUCCUCACUGGAGCUCUACCGUCCAGUUCACCAGGGUACAUGAGAGCGUUUAAAUCAUUAGAUUCCACCCAGGCUGGCAAGGAAUUUGGCAUGGCAUAUUUCCCAGAGACCCGAGCACCGACCUUGCUGGUGUCGUCCGACUUUGCCACGACCGUCUCGAUCCCUAAACACCAGAAAAUCGCUCUAGACCACUAUCUUCGUUCCGUGCAGUGGGUUGUGACCAACAAGGGCCAACUCGGUGUACCCUCUCUCGACAAUCUCAGGCUCUUCACGUACCCCGAGCCGGUCAAGGCCAAGGUGCCGCGGGUGUUGACGGUGGGGCUCAACGUGUUUGCGGGCCAAUUGUAUUUCAACGACCACAAGAUGUACGUUGCCACGUGCAGGUUCUUGGGGCUCUCGUGGCAAAAGGCGAGGGAGGGAGAGGAGCUGGACGCGGAUGGCUUCAUGGCCAAGGACCAAAGGGGGCGUGUUGGUGGCAAGUCUGGGUUUUACAAGAGUCCUAUUCGAUUAAUGAGGGAUCUCAUGGAAAUUCGAUACGGGUCGCAGGCAUCCCCACGGACACAUAUGGGGGCCAUGUUAGGAAAUAGGUUGCUUUCGGAGAAGGAUUUCGAGGGUGAAGAAAGGACUUGA